AUGAUAGAACUGCGGGGAGUGCUGAGGAAUACGUUUGGAGGAAGUCACAAUGGUGUCUUUGGUGGGGGAAAAGGAUACGAGAAUACAACCGAUGAGAAUACCACCCAACAAUUAUUAUUCAAGAGUGUUAACAAUCAAUUUUAUAUGCAUAAGUCAUUUGAAGUUCAGUCUGAUAUGGAAUUUCUACCUGCCAUCUUAGGAGCUGGAUCUGAAGGGAAAAGAAAGAAUGUGGGUGUUAAUUCUACUGGUGUUGAGCUUAUGGCGAAUUUGACAUCAUUAGAGUUACUUAUGAAUAAAAGGUUGUCUGAGAUUCAAGCUAUUACCCAAAGACAUAAGCAACAGCAACAGCAACAGCAACAGCAACAGCAACAAUAUCUUCAAGUUCAACAAAACAAAGACAUGCGGGUUUCAUCUCCUAAAGUAUUUGAUCGGUAUUCACCUCCAGUAUCCAGAAGAAGAGGAAAUGAAAAUCAAGAGGAUGCCGCAGUAAUUGACAAUAAUGAGGCUACUACAGACAAUUCCGAUUACGAUAAAGUAAGGAAUGAUGCUUAUGAGUUUGCUAAUAGUUUUGGUACUUUAGCAAAGUCAAUGUUUGAUUAUAGUGCCAAUAGUAUGAGGAGUUGGCAUGAUAUGGCUGAUGAAUGGCACGAAAAGAAUUGGGAUAAGUUGGAAAGUGAAAUCUCCCGUGCUCAAGAUGAAGGAAGAAGAAAGUUGGAUGAAUUCUUUCCUCCUCCCUAUGAACUGAGAGAUGAAAAUAAUCGUUUCAAUUCUAAAUCCACCACAGAUAUCGCCAAAGACACUGGGUUCGUACCCUUCCGGGGAUUUUUCCAAUCAGCUUUUGGAAAGGAAGGAGAGGAAUUUAUGGGGGGGUUUUCUAGGGGGAAAACUCCAUUUGGAUAUUUUUCUUUUGGGAACCCUUCAACUAGGGCUUAUAAUGAUUGUUUGGAUAAACAGGGUCAAAGUGUUUGGGAUAGUAAUGGAUACUGGAGAUGUCUUUUCCCUCAACGUGAAGUUGAAGUCAAAUAUUUGAAUUAUAAGGACAGAUAUUUACCUGGACAGAUUUUAACCAAGGAAGAUUUGGAAAAGGCUGCUGCAGAUGAAGGGAUUUCUUUAAAGGACUCUUCUCCAAUUGAUUUGGGUGAUAAGGGUAAAUUUUUCACCAAGUUUGAUGAUUUUUUGAAUUGGAAGAAUAUCAUGUAUGAAAAUGUUAAGAGAGAUAAACAACAGAGGAGAAAUCAAUGGAUUGCUCAAAGAGAGAAGUAUUUGAAUGAAAAUAAACAGCAACAACAAACUGUUGAAAAAUCAAAUGAACCACCUGUUAUUGUUUCAUCUUCAACUCAAUCAACUUAUAACUCCAAUUCUGAAACUAACCAAGUGGAAUUGAAUGAAGUUAAAACAGAAUAUUUUUCCGAUGGUUCUACCGUGACUAAAAACAUCACUAAGACUAAACCAUUUGGUGCAGUUAGUUGGGAUACUGUUAAGGAAGAUAUUGUAAAGGGAGAUUCAAAAGAGGAGAGAUCUUCUGGAUGGUUUUGGAGAGAUUAA